CAUGUGGUCGGCCAAGAUGGCGGCGCUCAGGGUGGCGGUGCCGGUGCUGUCGCUGCUGCUCGGGCUGUGCCCGGGACCCGCGGCCGCCGCCGCGCCCCUCGUCAUCUGGCACGGCAUGGGAGACAGCUGCUGCAACCCGCUGAGCAUGGGCUACGUUCAGAAGCUGGUGGAGAAAAAGAUACCGGGGAUUUACGUUCUGUCUCUCAAGAUUGGAAGCAACCUAAUACAGGACAUGGAGAACAGCUUCUUCAUGAACGUGAAUGAUCAGGUGAGGGAGGUUUGCAGCCAGCUCGCCGCCGACCCGCGCCUGAAGGGAGGCUACAACGCCAUGGGCUUCUCCCAGGGAGGCCAAUUCCUGAGGGCCGUGGCCCAGAGGUGCCCUUCUCCUCCCAUGCUCAACCUGAUCUCCGUCGGGGGACAGCACCAAGGCGUGUACGGCUUUCCACGCUGUCCUGGCGAGAGCUCCCACGUCUGUGACUGGAUCCGGAAGACCCUGGAUCUGGGAGCCUACACAAAGGCUGUGCAGGAGCACUUAGUACAAGCAGAGUAUUGGCAUGACCCCCUGAAGGAGGAGGACUACAGGAAAAACAGCAUCUUUUUGGCUGAUAUCAACCAGGAGAGGGGCAUCAACGAGACCUACAAGAAGAACCUGAUGGCUCUGAAGAAGUUUGUGAUGGUGAAAUUCCUCAACGACACCAUGGUGGACCCUCCAGUCUCUGAGUGGUUUGGGUUUUACAAAAGUGGCCAAGCCAAGGAGACCGUCUCGCUGCAGGAGACCUCGCUGUACAAGGAGGAUCGCCUGGGGCUGCAGGAGAUGGACAAAGCAGGGAAGCUGGUGUUCCUGGGGGUGAAAGGGGACCACCUGCACUUCUCAGAAGAGUGGUUUGACACCACUAUCCUCCCCUUCCUCCAGUGAAGCUCCUGUGAGAGCACUGGGAAGGGUUUACUGCUGUAGUUAAUGCUCCUGUGCAGCAGCACUUUGUGUGUCCGAGCCUGCGGGGAUCUGGGGAGGGAGGGGGAAGAGGAGGGGGGUUUAGCUCAGCACUUCCACAGCAGCAGGAAACCAGGAUUUCUU